UUCAUUGAAACAUGAGUUGUGCCAACUGUGACUUCCGUAGAUUUUGGCUUGAUUUUCAAUAAUGGGUGUUGAUGAUUCUUUCUCAAUCAAUCUAAUUUAAAAUGGAAAACAACUCAUUUGGAAUGAGUUCUCAACUAACCCUGGAGACAUUUUUUAUUCCACCUGGAGGAAAGUAUCCAAUAUUUUUGUUUGGCCUAACCAUUUAUUUGUUUGGCAUGUCCUGCAAUCUGACUCUGAUGUCUUUGAUAAUUCUGAAGGAGAACCUUCACAAACCCAUGUAUUUUAUCCUGAUUAGUCUGCCCCUCAAUGAUUUAAUAGGGAUAACUGCUAUGCUACCAAAAAUACUUUCAGAUAUUGUUACAGAGACUCAUGAAGUUUCCUAUCCUCUAUGUGUUCUACAAGCUUUCCUUCUGCACAUGUGCGCUGGGGGAAUCCUGUUUGUUCUUGCUGCAAUGGCCUUUGAUCGUUACAUUGCCAUCUGUAUGCCACUACGCUAUAGUUCUGUGAUGACCCCAAGAAUUGUUGCUCUUAUUAAUUGCAUGGUUUGGGGUUUUGACUUUGUCUUCAUCCUUUCACUAUUUUCUCUUCAGUCAAGGCUUCCCAGGUGCAGAUCUGUUAUACUGAACGUAUUUUGUGACAACCCAUCUCUUGUGAAGCUCACAUGUGGAAAUACAACUAUUAAUAACAUAAUUGGGCUUUUUAACACAGCUUUCAUACAGGUUCUGAGUAUGUCUAUUCAGGCAUAUUCUUAUUUUAAAAUUCUAAUUGCAUGUUUGAGUAGGAAGCAGUCUGACACAAAGGCAAAAGCAGUCAACACAUGUGUUGCACAGUUGGUUAUACUUGUCAUUUUUGAGAUUGCAGGAACUUUCACAGUUUUAUCACAUAGGUUCAAAAAUAUUUCUCCUGACUUACAAAAGGUAAUGGGUAUGCUAAUGUUUCUUUUACCACCACUUAUCAAUCCUAUUGUGUAUGGCCUGUAUACCAGUGAAAUACGCAGAACUUUCCUGAGCAUCUUCAAGGGCAGACUAUCCUGAGUUUCACUCAGAUCCCAAUACACAACAAUGCAGUUCUUUACAAUGAUAAAAAGGGAUGAUUCAAUUAGUAUCUUGUGGGCAAUAUACAUCACUGACAACAAGAAAGACACUUAAAUGAUCUUGAUGAAAAAUUAUUUUCUUGUGCUUUUAUUUUUUUAAUUUCUGUGUAUGUAAAAGCUGUUUUCGUUUAAGCCUCUAUUGGAUUAGGCAUUUUAAGGGGAGUACCAAUAACUUGUUGCAACAGUGACAGCCUAAAAGGACACCGGCAUCAAUAUUUGAUCAACAUUAAAAGUUACUUUGCUUACAAUUUACAAUCGUCAUUGAUAGUAUGAAUAGAAGUGUGUUUUAUAGAAAUAAAAGUGAAAAUGGUGACCAAUUAGACUUUUUUUCUACUGUUUUAAUACAUGUUUUUCUUUUUUUUUACUGGCUGUGUACAUUCUUAUGAGUUGUUUUUCUCCAUACUUUAACAUAUCAGACCUAUAAAUAUUGCUUCAUGCUAAACUCCUUAAAUGGACCAAAUAUAUUUUUUGACGUCGUUAUAAUGGUUUUUGCUUUUGUUUUUCAUAUACUGUAAAAUAAACUGUGCAUUUUAAACAAACUAAUGUGAAUGAACAAUUUGUCAGACAAUGCAAAAUAAAAUCCAACUUUCUAAAACAAA